UGGCCUUCCCACUUCUUAUUUUGACUCUACUCUUAGUCAGAUCAGACCCACGCCAUUUUCCCUUUUCAAUUAUCUCCUUCAUUUUCAUCUUCAUCUUCAUCUUCAUCCCCUUUUUUUUCUCACUCUAUCUCGUCGAACUUAAAUCUCGUUAGAGUUGAAAGCAAGAUAGUAUCGGAUCAAGGAGAGAGGAGCGAAGUCGUGGUUUCUUCUGGGUAAAAUGGACUAUAGAUUGAAGUAUAGAGCGGAAUCAAGCAUGCGCGACAAAAAGCUGGAAAGGGAAGAGGAUUUAUUUGGUGACGAUUUUUGUGAAGAUUUUUGCUUGCCAAUCAACCACAGACCUACUGAGAACGUUGAUUUAGAUAAUGUUGAACAAGCAUCAGAAGACAGGCAACUGUCAUCAUCUAAUAUAGGAUUCAAGCUUCUUCAGAAAAUGGGAUGGAAAGGAAAGGGACUGGGAAAGGAUGAGCAGGGUAUAAUUGAGCCAAUAAAAUCAGGCAUGAGAGAUCCUAAACUAGGAAUCGGAAAGCAAGAAGAAGAUGAUUACUUCACCGCAGAAGAAAAUAUACAGCGUAGGAAGCUUGACAUCGAGGUAGAGGAGACAGAGGAAGUUGCAAGGAAGAGAGAGGUGAUAGCAGAACGGGAGCAAAAAAUUCAGACCGAGGUGAAAGAAAUACACAAAGUAUUUUUCUGUGAUCUGUGUAACAAGCAAUACAAGCUGGCUAUGGAAUUUGAAGCUCACUUGAGCUCUUACGAUCACAAUCAUAGAAAGCGCUUUAAGGAAAUGAGAGAGAUGCAUGGUAGCAACCGUGAUGAUCGGCUAAAGAGAGAAUUGCAGCGGCAAGAGAAGGAGAUGGCCAAAUUUGCCCAAAUUGCUGAUGCUCGCAAACAACAGCAAAUGCAAGAGCAGGAGCAAGAGCAAGAGCAGUCUGGGAGUGGAUCUGUUACGAAUACUAAUAAACCCGCCAUUGCCUUUGUUGAUAACGACCAGCGGAAGGCACUGAAGUUUGGCUUUUCUGCUAAAAGUGGGACAUCUAAAGGCUUAUUUGGUGCGGCCGCUAAGGGUGCUGCUAAGAAGCCAAAAGCUCCAGUGGCCUCCAUUUUUGGCAAUGACAGCGAUGAAGAUCAGUCGUGAUCGUUAGAUUUUUCAGCUGAUAACAAACACAUGCCCGUCCAAAUGAAGCUCAUUAGAUUAUAUAUAUAUAUAUAUAUAUAUAUAUAUAUGUGUGUGUGUGUGUGUGUGUGUGUGUGUUUGCUUAGUUUCUUUUCCCCUUGUUGGGAUUUUAUUAUUUAAGUGUGACAAACAAAGUUUUCUGAUAUCUGUAGGGUGUUUAGUAUUGCAGUGUCAAUUGUAGUCAAUUUCUCAGAAUCAUGUUGCAGUUUGCUGUAUCUUUCUAUUACUCUAUUUUUCUUGUUUAGUUGACAACUACACUACUUAGCACAAGGUAGAGGAAAUGGCUUAUCCAAUUCUUACUUCGUAUGCUCGAGAAAGCGACAUUCUACUCUUCAAGGAUUGAAAUUGUUAUAUUUCUUCCUGAAAGAUUUGAGGACAAAUUAUUGAAAGACACGAGUUUGGAUGAACAUGUGACGUGCUUGGCCGAGCUAAUGUACAAGAACAAGGCACAAGCAUUGAAAAGGCCUGCUUAAAUGAGCACAAACAAUGCUUGGGCAAGUGCGUAUGCUCAAGCAAGCAUACAGAUGCUCAGGCUAGCAAAAUUAGUCAAGUGAUAGAAAAUGUUGGUGAGGCAUGUUGCUUGAACGAGUAGCCUAGGUGCUUGAACAAGCAAUAUUUUGCAUAGGUGAAUAAUGCAUUGCCUAUGAGCUUUAUGUCAGGCAUGUAUUGUCACUUGUCUUUAUAUGACUUACAAGGAAUGAUUCCUUUAGUUUUUGGGGGCGAUAAAUAUCUCAUAGCUAGGAUCUUCAUAAUCAUUAGGCAAAAAUGUGAUUUCGUUCGUGAUUGUUGUAAUUGACAUAAUGAUGAGAUGACGGUUAAUGGGAUGAUGCAGUUGUUAUAUUGUCAAAUAUCGAUUAACACAUCAGAUAUCUCUUGAAUCACAUAAAUACAGAAAGUACUUGCAGAUAGCUUGAUUUUAUAAAAACAAGGGAUAUUAUCAAUGGUACCCCUGUGUUAUUCCACUUUAUCUUUGGUACCCCCGUGUUUUUCGUAAUUCUAAUGGUACCCCCAAACUAUCUUGCUAAUUACAAUCGUGACACUUUUUAAGUUUUUUCCA